UUAAAAGAGUUAUCGAGCUCGAAAUGGAUUCCGUCGAAUUGAACCAAUACAACCAUUCUUCGCAUGCCCUAGAUAAUCCUCCUCCUUCCUCUGAAGCCCUAGAUUCCUCCACUGCUUCGGAUCAACUAAAUCCUCAGAUUCCGACUUCAGAAUUCACGCGCGAUUUGGUAUCGGAGAAAGGCGUGAGCAAGACGAUGAGCGGAACUGAAAAGGAUCAAUCCGGCGGAGAAGAGGAGAACACAAGCCGGAGUAGGAAGCGUCGAAGCCGGUGGGACUCUUCUCCACCGAAGCGUAAAUCGAGAUGGGCAGACGAUGAGCCGAAGCCGAUAAUCCAGCUUCCCGAUUUCAUGGAGUUUGAUCCCGAGGUUCAGGUUUUGAAUGCUAGGUUACUUGAGAUUAGUAGGAUUUUGCAGUCUGGUUUGCCUUUAGAUGAUAGACAAGAAGGACAGAGAUCUCCUUCACCAGAGCCAAUCUACGAUAACAAUGGAAUUAGGGUAAACACUAGAGAGUAUAGAGCAAAGGAGAGGUUGAACAGAGAAAGACAAGAGAUUAUCUCUCAGAUUAUCAGCAAGAAUCCUGCGUUUAAACCCCCUGCAGAUUAUAGACCUCCCAAGCUCCAGAAGAAGCUUUUUAUCCCGAAGAACGAGUUUCCAGGUUACAGCUUUAUCGGUCUUAUAAUUGGCCCCAGAGGAAAUACUCAGAAGAGAAUGCAGAGGGAGACAGGUGCUAAGAUUGUGAUUCGUGGUAAAGGCUCUGUUAAAGAAGGUAGACACCAGCAGAAGAAAUUCGACCCUUCGGAGAACGAAGACUUGCAUGUUUUAGUCGAGGCUGAUACUCAGGAAUCUCUUGACGCUGCUGCUGGUAUGAUAGAGAAGCUCCUGCAACCUGUUGAUGAGGUGCUGAACGAGCACAAGAGGCAACAGCUCAGGGAGCUUGCCACGUUGAAUGGAACAGUAAGGGAUGAGGAGUUUUGUAGAUUGUGUGGUGAGCAAGGGCAUAGACAAUACGCGUGUCCUUCGAGUGCAACUACCUUCAAGAGCGAUGUUCUUUGCAAGAUUUGUGGUGAUGGUGGACACCCUACUAUUGAUUGCCCUGUGAAGGGUAAUACUGGGAAGAACAUGGAUGAUGAAUAUAAGAACUUCUUGGCUGAGUUAGGAGGAACUGUACCUGAAUCUUCUCUCAAACAGAGUGGUACGACAUUGGCUAUUGGUCCGGGAAGUAAUCCUCCAUGGGGUAACAGUGCUGGCUUAGGGUCAAAUCCGAUCAAACCCUCCAAAGAAUAUGAUGAAACGAAUCUGUACAUUGGGUUUUUACCUCCGAUGCUUGACGAUGAUGGUUUGAUUAAUCUUUUUUCAUCUUUUGGUGAGAUUGUGAUGGCAAAGGUGAUCAAGGACCGUGAGUCUGGUCUGAACAGAGGCUAUGGUUUUGUAAAAUACGCUGAUGUCCAGAUGGCUAAUGCUGCUAUACAGGCAAUGAAUGGGUAUCGGCUAGAAGGUAAAACACUUGCUGUGAGGAUUGCUGGUAAACCGCCACCGCCUACUUCACCUCAAUCACGCACUCAAGCUUACCCUCCUUCAAAUCAUCUGCCUGGUGCCUAUCCUUCACAGCAGUAUCCCAGUGGCGUGCGACUGCCAAAUCCUCCUCCUCCUCCUGUUCCUUCCUAUUACCCAUACGCUCCUCCACCUGGUUGUUACCAUCCUGUCGCUGGUCAACAUAUGUCUCCGUAUGGUAUGCACUACCCACCACCUCCUCCUCCUCAUAUGGCACAAGCUCCUCCACCGGGCACUGCUUCUCAAAAUCCACCUUCUAGUGAAAGCCAGCAAAGUUUUCCACCAGGGGUGCAGCCAGACAAAGGUGCUCCUGCUUCAUCUGUGCCACCGAAUGUCUAUGUUAGCUCAGUUACAGGUUUGCCUGGGCAGCCUCCAUAUAUGAGUUAUCCUUAUUACAAUGCUGUUCGACCUCCUGUACCUGCCUCGUCUACUGAUCUGGGUAACAUGACAUGGGCCAACAAUCCUCCUGUUCCAACAGUUGAUCAGUCACAAGGUCUUGGGAAUGCACCCUGGGCAUCGAAUCCUUCUAUGCCGACCACUGAUGACUAUUCACAGAGAAUGGGGAGCGUACCCUGGGCUCCCAAGCCGCCAGGACAGCCAUCUGCAGAGAAUGCGUCAGCUCCUGGAGAUUCUGAGUAUGACAAGUUCAUGGCUGAGGUGAUGUAACAUGUGUAUUCUGAGGAGAAACUCCUUAGCGGAGAGGUGUGAUGUUUCGUGGAGCUUUGUACCGUGAUUUCUUACAUCUUCCUUGUUGGAGGUUUUGGGACUCUCAUCUUCACUAACCCUUGCUAUGCUGUUGUGAAAUAUGCAGAGAUUCAGGCUAGAAGCUCCACAGUUUCAGACAAUUGCGUUUCAGAAAGGGCAUACAUAUUUCUUUAUAUUACUGAUAAUAAUUGCUGUUCUUUUGUAGGACUAUAUUUGUCUCGGGUUUCUUAUUUUAUUUCAUAAUACUAUUACUUGCCUGUUACCAGUGUGUUAAUUCUGUCUUCAGCUCUCAUUUACUCACGAUUUAUUCUCUACUUUUUCAAUUUGAGACGCUAAAUUUUUGUUGGUAUUGUAAUCCGAAUCAUAUUUAUGAUCCUUUGUGAUACGAGAUAUGAUCUUCUUGCU